ACCGGUAAAUCAAAACAAGAAGAAAAAAAAGUACGUUGUGUUUGCAAAUGAGUAUUUUCAGAAAGCUUAAUAGACGUUAAGAGUUAGAAAUGGUCUAAUUUUGUGUUUUUUAGCUUUGAAUCACAUGUGGUUCCAUAUUCAGUUGUUAGUAUCGAGGUUGUUGCCGUAGUGAAUAUAAGACUGGUGCGUUUUGUGAGACGUUUCAGUUAGCCGGCUAGCUGCAGCCAAGUGUCCGUGCCUCAGAGUAAUACUUAGCAGACUAGUAAUGUCUGUUAGACGGGCUCUGGUGGACUGUGCUGUUCUGUCUCUGCAAGAUGCCUGUGUGUUUUAUCCGUGCUGUAAAGGCUGCUUCUCGAGGAUUUAUGUUGAACAGCAGGACACGACGAGAUGCAGAUGCUCCAAGUGUGGUUACAGCUGUCUGAGGGAACAGGUUGAUCACAGAUAUCGUCUGUCACUGAGGGUGGCCCGGGACACAUGCAUAUUUGGACUAACAGUAUUUGGAACCUGCUUGAACCCAUUCUUUGGCAUUCAUGCAAGUGGUUUGCAGAGGUUGGUAGAGAAUGCGGAGGGACCAGUUGGAGAAUCAACCAGAUCCACAUUGUUGGUGAAGGCUGUCAAGGACUGUUUCAUUGGCAGACAUUUCAUCUUUGGUAUAAAGGUAACUGAAACAGAAAGAGGGCCUUGGUUAGGAGGGCCUGUUGCGAAUUGCUCCAGCAGUAAAGACACAGUCCAGUUGAUCGCCAGUCAGAUGAUUCUCCCCAAAGCUACAGGCUUGGGAGGCUGCACAGUGGUCAGUUAUUAUCAGAUCCUUCUUCAGAAAGCUGCAGAAUAUGAGCUAGGAUCCACUGAUCCCAGCAAGACCUCCGUUCCCCUAGCAGCAACCCUGCUGCUGAUUCCACGUCAUUCUCCAGCCAGCAGCUUCAAUAAUGCCACACUUUCUGCCUCAGGUCUUCUUUCCCAAUCACUGCAAAGAUCACAGCACAAAGACUGCCCCCUUACUCCCACCCCUCCAUGGGAACAAUCACUAGGACUAGUUACUUCAUCAGCAGAGCAGGAGGAAGGCUGCAGUACCCAGGACAGUGGAGAUGAGAACAGCAGACAGACAGACAACAACAAAACACCACAUCAUGCACGGAGAGGCUGCCUGGAGAACCAUAAAGUCACUGAGGAGACAGUGCUGUCACCUCUUCUUUCUCUAGAGUGUAGUUCUUACAAUAGUCCGUCAUUUGCCAAAUACCCAUACUCAUCUCUUGAGAAAGCUGUUGGAAACACCCCCAUCCCGAAGAGUUGGUUCAGUCCCUCCCCACCUGUCCACAACUGCUCCAAGGCGAAGGGGUUUUCUACCAGACAAUUCACCACAACAUGUUUGUCAAGCUCCUUGGCUUGGGAGGAUUUGCCUUUUUCAGAGAGUCUUACAGAUUUUUUAUGUGAGGAAAAGAAACAUUUUGACAUUGUUGGUGAAACAGAGCCUCAUAUCAGUGUGCAAAAUCAGAAAGAAACAGCAAGAAACUACCUGGAAAUCAGCUCACAAGACAAGAACCUAUCAAUAAAAUCAACUUCUGUUUGUCAAAGUAACACACAGAUAACCAACAGCCACUCACAGAUAUUACUGAAUAUCACUAAUACACCUGCACUCAAUAAAGGUGACACAUGUGAUUUAUCUGAGCAGAAAUGUAAGAGCUCUGUUGGAUGUGUAGACAAAAGUCAAGCCAGAAACAUUUGUUUCCACGAGUGUAAUCAAGAGGAUGAGAAAGCUAGUUCUCUGUUUUUUGAAAAUGAAGAAGAGCAGCUUGAAGGGGAUACCUACAAUUGUUCAGCAGACCUAUUCAGUAGCUCACUCAUGAUCGAUAUGAACACAAACCCUCUCAACAUGCAUGCAGAAACUGUCAGGAUGACCAUAGAAGCUUGCCCACUGCUUUCCAAGCCAGAUAAACAGCACCGGAGGAGUGAAAAGUGUAAUGUCCCACAUUCAACGCCAGACAAACAGAAACUGAAACAUAAUAAAUGCAUUAACAGAGACAGUUUAAUUCCACCAGGCACACAAGAUCUUGACUUCAUCCCUCCCUCUCAGUCCACCCCCAUUGUAAAAGUAGAUGUUGUAUCAGGGUCACCUGCCUCCACAUACAGAACCUUGACAUUAGAAGAAUUCAGUUCACAACCUGACAGUCGAGAUUUGUGUGUUUUUUACGGAAAUCUGACUGAAUUGGAUAGUAAAAAGCCAGCCAAAAUCACCUCUUCUCUUUGUAAAUCAAACUGUGUCAGUGCUAACCAGCUGCCCCAGUGUGGGAGGGAGUCUAAAAACGAAAACUUGGUGUGGGGUACGACAUCUAGCAGCCACAGCCACAGAUUUACCCCAAAAAGGAGGUUCUGCAAACCAGACAGGCAUAAAAACCAUCUGCUAGCUCAGCAGCACCUGAGGAUCCAGAGAGGAGCUCUAACCACAGGGUCAACAGGAAGGAGCAACCACAAAUGUGACUCCAGUGAUUGUGAUGUGACUGUGUGUGAUUAUGAGGACAAUGAAGUCAUUAUUGUUCCUCCUACUCCUGCUGCUAAAACACAACUUAGUUUGAAGCUCAGAAGAAGAAGGCAGACUGAUAACAGCAACAGUAAUUCGGGUUGUACUUGGGAAGGAAAGCAGGGAGAUGGAGUUAAUUGCAAGAGAAUUCUGUUGGAUCAACCUCUCACAUCAUCACAGAGAGGUCUGGCACAAACAGGGAAUUGUGACCCUGAAACUGUUGAGGGGAGUCUGGAUGGAUCUAAUUGUUCCCUGCUUGAUGAUGAGAACGAGGCAUGUGAUUGGUCUAGAGAUCUGUUUUCUGACUGAUUCCGUUGCAAAUGGACUUUACAAAUUGAUGCAAGAAUCAGAUGUAAGAUUGUUUUUUUUUUGUUUGUUUGUUUUUGUGUAUUUCAGGCUGGCAACCCAAGUUAUAAUAGACUUACUGUUGUGUUGAAAGAGUACUACUGCUGUUACUACUAGCGGUACUGUUGCUGGUACUCCAACUCUGUGCUGAAGGAUCUAAGAAUAAAGCACAUUUAUUAAACACUAAAGAUAGGAGAGGCUUCUGCUAUUUGCACUAUAUCUUAAAAUUAUUUGUAGGUAGAGCUGCCUCAGGCACACCCAUUGCUAAAAAGUGCACAAAAUCAAGCAUAUGCCCUUGCAAUCUCCAUUGGCAAACAUUUGCUGUAGAAUGGGUUAUGAAUGGUAGUGAAUGCUCUUAGAGCAGCAAAGGUGGGGCAAGUCCUUAUUAACGCCUAUGGUUUUGGAAUGAGAUAUUCAAAAAUCACGUGUGUUUAAUGUUUGGAUGUCCACAUACUUUUAGAGAUUUAUUUUGAAAAGAAAAUUUCCUACACAGUCCACUUAAAAUAAUUAAGUAUUUUAUUGGAAAUGUCUUAGUAACUUAAACCUUCAGACAAUACUUACCUUGUCUGAGGUUUUUGGACCAUACAGUGUAGGAUGUGCCCAUGACACAUUAGUAACUGUGUUCUGAAGGCUUUCUGCUGCUGCACCUUCACUGUCAUUGCUGGCAUCAUGUACUCAUAACCCUGUCUGUUCUCCAUUGUUUUUACAUCUUUCUGGAUGCUAGUAAAGGGAAGUGACAGUAAAAGGAUAAUGUGUGUAUGAUUGGGUGGGUAUCUCUUACAUUAACUGCUGCUUUUUAUUUGCAUUUUAGCCUUUAUUGAUAGAUAAUAGAGACAGACAGGAAUUACUGAUAAAGACAGUGUGUGACAUGGAAUUAAGGUUCCCAGCUGGAAGUGAACCAGGGACACUUUCAACAUAUGGUAUGCAUCAUAACCUCAAGGCCAACAAGACGCUCUAUCACUCUUGAAAGCUAUCCAGUCUAAUUUAAAUCACUCUGCUCCCUGGUACUUCUGUUGGCAGCCCAGUCCUUAAGCUGACGUGCUGUUCUGCUGCUACUGUGCGUGUGUUUUUGCAGGGGUGUUAAUGUAGGGAUGAGUGUGUACAGUGUCAUGCCAAAAAGCUAAGAAUAGCAGCCACCAAAUAUCAUGACUACAAUGUUCUGGAUGUGUGAGUAAAAAAGAGAGCAAGAUGAAGAUGAUGUUACAUGUGUAAAAAUGGAACUGGAAACAGCUGGAGCUUGGUACUGCAUGUGUUGCAGAAGCAGGGAUGGUAUGUAUUCAGCUGGGUAUGGCGUGAUUGUGUGUGUGUGUGUGUGUGUGUGUCGACUUGGAUAGUAGAGCAUCCUAUUUGGCUGAUCUUUUCUAUUUGAAGUGCCAUGUGUACAUUGUUAGCAUUGAAACUCUUGAUCUUGGAGAACUCCUGGGGUACACAUGAAAACUAUUUUGUCAUGAUAUGUGUCAUGACCAUUUACUGACGGCUUGGAGCCAGAAAUGCAGUUGAAUUCUAUCAAGUAAUCGCUGUGUUUUUUUAGCCGUACUCCUACAGCAACGUUCCUCUAGGGAUGGCAAAGUUGGUCUGUUUGUCAGUCGCUUGGUUGGUCCAGACUGAAAUAUCUCAACAACUGUCGGAUUCACGGUCCCCAGAGGAUGUAUCCUAAUGACUUUGGUGAUCUCCUGAUUUUUCAUCUAGCGCCCCCAGCAGGCCAAAAUGAUGACUUAUCCGGUGAAAUACCUGAUCUACAUGAUAGAUCGGCACACAUUUUGGUGAAGACAUGCAUGGUGUCCAUAGGAUGAAUCUUAAUGACUUUGAGGAUUUACUUGGAUGACAAUUUGGUGUAGACAUUCAUGGUCUUUGUGAACUUCGUGAAAUUUCGUACAGACGUCCAAGUUCCCUUAAGAAUUAAUUGUGCUCUCUUCAGUGGUCCCCUUACUUCUUAUCUAGCAUCAUUAGUAGGGCAAAAUUUCAAUUUGUCCAGUACUUUGGUUUUACAUUUCUAAGAGUUUGACUUUCUUUACAAUGAUAAUUACAGCCUCACAGAGCAUGGCUGUAGAGUCUAUUUGUUGUGUUCUUGCAGUGCUUUUGCUGGCAGAGACAUCAUGUUGAAUCAACCUUAUGUAUGUGUGUUUGUGUAAAAUGGAAGACCCUGUACCUUGUGCUGGAAGGUCCAGUAGUACAGAGCGUUAUUUAUGGGAGCACUCAACAACUUCAGACUUUGACAUGCAGUCGUUUUGAUAUUUGGUGUGUGUGUGCCAGUGAAUUUUGGCUUCAGUUGCUUCAAUAAUAAAAAUAGUAAAUAUAA